GGCAGCGGAGCUCCGGCUGCAGUGCUCCUGUGCUGAGAUGCUGACUGGAGCGGUUGGCUGAUCUACGAUUGAUUUCGCUACUCCGAAGCAUAUCCAGUUACUGCUCAAAUGCGAGUUCGACACUGAUAGAAAAAUGCCCGCCGAGGACGAACCCGGGGCGGCGAUGGAGGGCCGCGAAACCGCCGAUGGGUCUCCCCAGCAGUUUUGCUUGAGAUGGAACAAUUACCAAAGCAACCUCGCCAACUGCUUCGACCAGCUUCUUCAGACGGAAUCUUUCGUGGACGUCACCCUCGCUUGCGAGGGACAGAGCCUGAAAGCGCACAAAGUGGUCCUGUCCGCCUGCAGCCCGUAUUUCCAGACGCUCUUCAUGGACAAUCCAUGCCGGCACCCCAUUAUAAUAAUGCGCGACAUAAAGUACUGCGAUCUGAAGGCGGUCGUGGACUUCAUGUACCGCGGUGAAAUAAACGUGUCGCAGGAUCAGAUCACGGCGCUACUGAAGGUGGCGGAGACGUUGAAGAUCAGGGGUCUGACGGACGUGAGCGGGGAGCACGCGGUGCUGCGGCCGGGCGGGCCGGAGAGGGCGCCCAAGAGGCCCGUGAGCCGCGAGGGGGAGUCCCCGGCGAAGGUCCGGCGCCGGUCCCUGGAGCGCAGCCCGGGCCCGAGCCCGCGCCGCUCGCCCAGCACGCCGGCCGACCUGCUGGCCGAGCACGCGGCGCACGCGGCCGCGCCCGCGCCGCCGGCGCCGCUGCUGCCCGACGACGUCGACAUCCGCCCCGGCAUCGCCGAGAUGAUCCGCGAGGAGGAACGGGCGAAGUUACUGGAGAGUUCACACGCAUGGCUCGGGGCCUCAACGUCAUCCAUCGCAGCAGACAGCUACCAGUACCAACUUCAGUCGAUGUGGCAGAAGUGCUGGAACACGAACCAGAGCCUGGUGCACAACUUGCGGUUCCGCGAGCGCGGGCCGCUCAAGUCGUGGCGGCCGGAGACCAUGGCCGAGGCCAUCUUCUCGGUGCUGAAGGAGGGGCUGUCGCUGUCGCAGGCGGCGCGGAAGUACGACAUCCCGUACCCGACGUUUGUGCUGUACGCCAACCGCGUGCACAACAUGCUGGGGCCCAGUGCCGACGGCGGCGCAGAUUUGAGGCCGAAGGGGCGCGGGCGGCCGCAGCGCAUCCUGCUGGGCGUGUGGCCCGACGAGCACAUCCGCGGUGUCAUCCGCGCCGUCGUCUUCCGCGACACUCACGCGCACACCACACACCACAUCAAGGAGGAGACCUUGCCCGUCUAUCCCGCAAUCACGGAUGGAAUCACGGUGCCAAAUGCUUACGGCCCUGUAGCGUGCGGUAACGGGCGAGAGGGGGGCGUGUCCCCCAACGCGGCCGCCGCUGCCGCCGUAGCCGCCGUGGCGCACGGCCUGCGCCGGCAGAUGUGCAAUAUGGUGGUGGCGGCGCAGCGGCCGCCCGACCACCCGCCGCACCUGGGCCUGCCCCCGCUGCCGCUGCAGUCGCCGCGGCUGCCGUCGCCGCUGUCGGCCGGCCUCGAGUCGCCGCUGUGCUCCCCGCCUCCGCCGGGGCACGCGUUGGAACCUCCGAAACCGUCAGACCCAUUCCGGCCCUUUGCUUCGCCGAGACCUGAUAGUCGCUACGAUCGCGACGUCGCAGAGAUUACAGAGAUGGGACCUCCGAAGACCCCCAUCCCGAUCGCGAAAAACGGCAAAGAGCUGUCGUCACCGGUGCCGGUGAAGAUGGAGCCGCCGCCCGCGGAGGCGCGCGCAGAGAACAUCUGAAGCGAGGCGGCGGGCGCGGCCCCGCAGACGCCGCCGGCCGCUUCGGUCGGCGUGCCACCGCCGCUGCCCGCUUAUCCGUAUUUCGUUCCGAACCGCAACUCUGUCGGAUACUUCUAGGUGUUCUAGAUGCGACUGGAUAUGGCUGCGCAUUCCAUGUGUGUGAGACCAUCCGACCGAUCGAGAGUAACGGAAUUAUGUUGAUUCAUAUUUAUUUUCAAGUGGACUCGCUGUGCAAUAUAAUGCUUGUUGUUUAGUUUUUCUAUUAAGAUUAUUUUAGUUUAAUCCAAUUUUGUUCACUUUGUGGUUUAUAUAGUUGUGUUCCAGUGAUAUUUUGAAAUAAAGUUUUGUCAAUAUCUGUAAAGGUGGGUCGCGGGCCGAGGACGCGAGCGCCGCGCUGGCGCCGCAGUGAGUCGAAGGCGAGAGGAAGCGCAGUCGAAGAGGCCACUGUCUGGGUCGCGGCUCCACCUCGCUGUUUUAUUAUUAUCUACUCAUAAGUAGAAUGUCAAACGUACUGUGUAAGCUUAAAUUUACUAUUUAUCAAUACAAAUUAGACGCAAUCAUGAGUGUAGGGAAAUCAAAAUUUUAAAUAUUUGGCACGAUUCAAAAAAGACUGUUCGGUAUACCUAUUCAUCAAAAUAUGUGUAAGACAAAAAAUAAAUAGUAUUAGAAAUAAUGUUACAAGAAAUCUAGAUGUAUCCUUUCGUCGUCAGAUUGAUGUCAAUUUAUCAACUAGCUAGCAGUGUUAGCGGCACCGCGGCGGGCCGGGCGCCGCCCCGCGCCCCACGCCCCGCGCCCGCCGCGCGCGCUCCCCGCUCGCCGCUCAGCUUGCCUGCGCUCGGCAACUCCUAUUACACCUUCAAUAUUACCCAACUCCAUUGCUAACGUAUUCGCUACCUAACUAGCUCAAAUCUUAAGCUAUACUCCAUAACAAUGGGUUAACUGACGAGAUGAACAAGAUUUUGGGUUAAGUAUGUAGGUAACAUAUAGACUUAACUUAGACUUAAUACUUUUUUAAACUACACAACCUUUAAAUAUUUUGAAUUACCUUAGUGAUUUUAAAACGCCCAGUGACAAGUGUAACGAUACCACACACGUUUUAACGUUCACACGCACUUUAUUCCAUUUCUUUGGUACCUAUUAGGUAGUAUCGACUUAGCGGGCUUCCCCACAUCUCAUUUACCAACAUACUCAAAUUCAUUCAUGUUGUCAGUAACAACGUUAUCACUUUGCCAAAGUAUACUAUACUGCAAAGUAUUCAUUACGCAGUUGUUGGACAGAAAAGUGUAACUAGUCCUGGAAAUGACUGCCGGUGGUUACUUGCUGGUGGUUCUGUAUAUAAUGUGGCUACCGUGUGUGGAACAACCCUGAGAAAUUAAAAUAGUUGACACAAUAGGAGAGUAGUAUGGCUUGUUUCGACAUACUCGCUCCGGCCGAGCGGGCGAGCGGCGCGGUAGACUUAGUGAUCGCCAAAUGUAAAAUAGAUGUAUGAUUAGCAAGUAGUGACGUUCCAAAUGUUAGGCUAACUUAGACGUGCAGGGCUCCGCGUGUCUCCUCACAUUAACGCCGCUUGUUCACACACCUUUAAUGUUUGGGCAAUGCCCACUCCGUUACAUUUCAGUAUCUUGAUUUGCGUAGACGUGACACGUUGAGUGCCGCGAACCCGAUCGGCAGUUUGUCUGUCCAUAGUCCCUUUCCUCUACAACAUAGUAAAAUGCUGGAAUCGGCUAAGGGUGUAGCGCUAUGGAAAUGUAGGCAGUGAAUGCGUUAACGUGCGGAGACUAGAGCCCGAUUAGUUGUAAGAGCACAAUCGCCAAGCAUUGGAUGUUAAACAAUUCGAGCGUCUGCUGACCUACCUAUGUGUAGCUAGAUUAAACAUUUCAAUUUUCUUAGAUUAGCUUAAUGUAUGUGACUAUUAGUAGCGAUCAGUCAAAAUAAACUAAAAUAUCGGCGACGACAUAUUUAAAUCUACGACCUUGAAUUGAUUCGCCAGUAGAGUCGGCCCUUCGGCUGCGCCGGAGCGACUCGGCUGCUCUGAGGUGUAUAUGUACAAAUUUUGUUUUACCGAUAACUUCCUGGACGCAAAGUUGCUUUGUUUCAUAGUUUUGGUGGGAAAUUGUUAGGGUACGGACUUUCUUGCCGCAAGGGUAUACCAUGAUUUAGAAACGUUCGUUGGCGGACCUUCGAUUCGUUCGGCGGGGCGUGCGGCCCCGGCGCGGACGCGUAAGCAUGUAAAAUAAGUCUCCAAGUGGCCUUGAUACUUCACUAUUAUUUGGGAUUUGGAUUAUCGAUUCGGUUCAAGUUUGGAAUUAGUGUAUAAAAAAGACCAAAUUAUUAAAAAGUACAUUUGCGAUUCAGAUCUAGUGUUGAAACUAUUUGGCUAUCCUUUUGGAAAUAACGUUUAAUAUAGGAAAAAAGAAAGUUAUAUAAUGGCCUAUACGUUUCGGAUGAAUUGCGUAAAUUUUGGUAAAUGUUACUACGCAUAUUUUCUAUUGUCUAAGUCUAGGCUAAUGUGUUCAAAAAGUAAUUUAAAAUUUUUGAAAAAAAGUAGAAAGUGCCUUCCAAAUUUUUGACCACAGUAAGUGUCGGGACGGGUGCGGCGAAGAUCGAGGGGACGCGCGCGGCGCGGCGCUCGCCGGCGCGCCUGCGCGAGCCGCGCCGCGCGCUCUCACGUGCUUAACUAUAAAAACGUUAGACUAAUAAAAAUUCAAAAUUAUUAUAUAAAAAAUAAAUACAUAUGACUAUUAUUAUAGAAAAAUAUAAUAAAAAUUAUAUAUUUGGCCGAUGUGGUUAUACCCUGACAGGCAAGCGUUAGCUGAAUAUUCGGCAUCAAAAUUAAUUCUAUAUUUUUCUUUGUAUACAAUCACCUGAUUCCAUUGAGAAACAAUGCAGACAUAGCAAAGUGCCAUUCGUUUGAAUUGAAUCUUUAAAGGUUCAUUUCGUAAUCACGUGGAUUCUGUAGUUAUAAUUAAACUUUAAUUAAUUUAUUGUACUGGUAAAAGUAUAUACAUUUCGAUUACAUAAAUAAGUAACUAUGUUAUUUUCGUGAUAGAUAAGUAAAAUUUACUGGUAGUAUUAUUGUACACAGUUAAACGAACAGUGAACGUAAAGGUGCGCGCAGCUGUCACCGCGCCGCGCCGCGUCGGGUCGGCGCGGCUUCUCGCUUCUGUUAUCCUGCUCUUGCCAUGUAUAUCAUGUCCACGUACCUACAGUUUAUUUACCGCCUUCUUUACCCAGAAGGAGGAGGUUCUAUAUUCUUUGUUAGAACUAGUUCUUUAAGCUCUCUCAAAUAAAUAUAAUUUCUCUGUCACAUAGUGUGACAGAAAUUUGUAACGUGCAAAACCCGCUUGAUGUAGCCAGUUUUACCUAGAUUUCAGUCUAAUCUAAUGUAGGUAUGUAUAAGUAUAAUAGUAGUUUGUGCACUUGUUAAACCUGUACAUAAGCUGCGAGUGAGAGAUGGUUCCCUUUCUCGUUUGGUUUUCAUUGAAACAUUUAAGUUUUGUUAAGAUAAUGGAUCGGUGUACAUGUAGUGUUAAGUUAGACAUGAUCAGUCCCGCCAGCUGUGCCGGGCGGCGCGCGGUCGCGGGCUCGUCGGGACCCGCCGGAGCGCUAGUCAACUCUCCCGAGCACAUUUACGUUCACUGUAAGGGAAGGGCGGUUUUGGUUAGAAUAUACAAUGUAUACAUGUUAGACAUUAAUUUAUAAUUUAUAAUAUCCAUGAUGAAUAUUAUGACUCGCAAGGCACCAGCGAGCGAAUUUCCGCUGCUGGCGCUACAUGACAACAUGAUACUAUUAUUAUCCCUUCUUAUCUGAUUUGUGAUAGUAAAAACUAAAAUAUUUUUAAUAUAAAGAACAAUUAUCUUUUGUCAAAAUGUAAAGUCCCUUUGUAAAGGACGCUAUUGCUAAGUUUAACUGUAUAUCACAAUUUAUUAUUUAUUUCUUUAGUUUAAAAGAACAUAAUUUUUAAGCCGCUGUGGGCUCAAAAUAAAUACUUAUUUGUAAUUAAAAUUGAUACCUGCCUAUGGUGCAAACCGUACACAAUGAAACAUGGAAAUUUGAAAAAUUGAGACAAGAUUAUUCUGCUUAGUUAAGUAGUGAUGCUAAUGGUAGGUAUCAAUGCCUACAUAAGUCUUACCAUUAUUGCUUUCAGUGCAACAAAAGAUUUUAGAUUGCAUAUCAUUACAAAUAAAUAUUGGGUUCUCCUGUGAUGUUGAUAUCUAUAAACAUUCUUAUAAUGAUUGGUGAAAGCUGUGAUGGAGAAAAAUAUUUCUUCUUUAAUUUCCUCUGUACAAGAAAUGUAAACGACUGCCCUUCGCCCUUCACAGUGCACCAAACUCACAAGCCGCGUCAAUUUGUUUUGAGCCUAUUCAUCCAAAUACAAGUAUUCAUAGUACCGCAUGUCGCAGGAGAAUCCACCCCGAGACACUGAUGUUUUAAAAAUGGUAUCGUCACUUUAAAAGAAACAAAUACUUAUGUCUUUGUUCUUUUAUUAUUGUAAUAUAGAAGAUGAUAUAGGUCGCUAUAAUUAUCGUCGUUAUAGAAAUUAUGUUACGGUUUCAAUUAAAAGUUGUUAAGAUUUUUCUUAUUUUCAACACCUGUGUUCCUUAUUAAUUAGUUUUCUAUUAUGUUUAUUAUUUUACAAAAUAUCUUUAUUAACGGCUUAGUUACUAUCGAUGGGUAUAGAAUGUAUUACAGUUGCUAACCAGCGUUGUGCUGACCGAACGGCACGAACGUUUUUCAGUUGUUUCUGUGGAAUAUUACCUACCUCAUUUAUGUUCGUUACACGUAUGUCUGCUUAGGUAUUACUUUUUAUUUUUUGCCACAGACAUACUUACCAGUUGUAACGAAACUCGAAGUUAUUAUAAACCUAUCGUAUUUCCUUGAUCUAUUAUGAAUUACUAGAUAACCCCUACUAUGUAUGUAAUGUACCUACUUUUGAUUUUAAAAUAUUGUACAGAAUCGUUCGUUCGUUCGGCCAAACAUAAUCUAAACCAAAUUUUUAUCGGUAUCUGUGACAAGUACAAUUAUUAAUAAAUAUUGGUGUUUAACCGUUUAUCAAUCGAUGUAGUUCACAAUUUCGCCGUGUAACAACGUUCAAGUCUAUUAGUGAUCAGAUCAUUCAUACAUUUAAACUGUAUCUUAACUGUCUCAAACGAUUACUUUUAGUGAUGUAAAAUGUUUAAGUUCGUUAUUGUCACCGUGUACCGUUGUCUGAAUGAAUACAUAAAAAUAGA